AUGGCUGAGUUUGAAUCUCCAGUUCUUUUACCUCAGUAUUUCAACCACAGAAUCCCCCGUUCCAGUGGAGUCUUCCUGCCUUCUUGGGCAGCGAGCAACGUCCAGUACGCAGAGAACCUGCUUGAGUGCUCAGACGAACCGAUUGAAUACGACGACGACGACGAGGACUAUCAGGACAAUUGCUUCUUUUUUCCAGAAGACUGCACCUUACCUGUCCGAAAGGACAGUGGCUGCGAAGUCAGUGACCACGAAUACGGUCUCUUGGACAGUCUUAAGAGCGACAAGAGCGAUAAAACCGACAAGAUGACACCCGAGCUGCCAGAUAUCAAAAUGCUUGAUACGGAGGCACUAAGUGACCUCCUAGAGGAUAAUCUCUCGCCUCCAGAGAUUACCUCGAUCCUCGUAUUCCACGCCAAUGGUGCACUAUUCGCCUAUGGAUCACCUCUUCCGGUACGACAGCUUCGCAAUCUGAGUGCUACAUACGGAGCUGCCUAUACAAACUACGCCAAAAAUGCAUCCAGUGGUAACCUUACAGGAGUUAACCCAGCGAGCCAUCCAUCUUCAUUCGUGACAGCUCAAUCGAACCCGUUGGGUGAUGUAGGUUCGAUUGUCUUCGAAUUUGAUGGCCAGGUUGCAGUCGUUACCAAGAUAGCCGAUAAGGUUCUUCUUGCCGCCGUAGGACCAUCCAAGCUGGAAAAUGCGGAAGGUGGCCAGUCCGGGGAAAACCCUCCUUUGAAUGGGCCCGGGCCUGAUGUGAUAGAGCCUGCUGGAACGCCUUCUAACGGCCCAGAUGUCGCCGCAAAUGGGACCUCUCGCCCCAACGCUUCUUCCUCUCAGUCUCAGCAACAGAACAGUGCCCUUCAGACGCGGACUGCUCUCGACCGCAACCUUGAAACGCAAUGGGAGAUUGAUCGAAACAGCGACCUUGCGCGUCUAGCCAGCCUCAAUCUUUCCUCGUCACCAUCGAUUCUGCUUGCUCUCGAAUCUAAAUCUGCCGCUUUAGCCAGGUUCCUUAGCCAGAAGCUGGAAGACCUGGAAAGUCCAGAAGACUUUUGA